UUGAAGUAUCAAUGGCAUGACAUGGUGCUAAGUGAUCAAACAUGGGGGACAUGGUGAAGAAGGACUUGGAGGAUCAAACUGUAUUGCCGUUGGAAAAUGAAUGUACCAGAAAUAUGGGAGAAUUUGUGGAAGUUUCUCUGAAUGAAAGGGUUAAAUUUAAUGACACAGGCUUAUCCAUGGUCCUACAGAAUGGCUUGGAGAAUCUCCGUCUAGAAAACUCUCUCACAGACGUUACCCUGUGUGUUGGCAGCAUGCAUUUUUCGUGCCACCGUGUAGUCCUUGCAGCAGCAAGCAAUUAUUUUAGGGCAAUGUUUUGCAAUGACUUAAAAGAAAAGUAUGAAGAACAAAUAGUUAUUAAGGGUGUUGAUGCAGAAAUAAUGCAGAUUCUUUUGGACUAUACAUAUACCAGUAAAGUGCUGAUUACCAAGGAAAAUGUGCAGAAAGUCCUUGAAGCUGCCAGCCUUUUUCAGUUUUUGCGCAUGGUAGAAGCUUGUUCCAGUUUCCUUAAAGAAGCUUUACACCCAGAAAACUGUGUUGGGAUUCUCAGGCUGGCCGAUGCUCAUUCCCUUGAUACAUUGAAGCAGCAAGUCGAGAAUUAUAUUGUCCAGAAUUUUACACAAGUGGUGAAUUAUGAUGAGGUCUAUGAGUUGCCUGCAGACAUUCUAAAUGGCAUGCUAAAAAGUGAUGACCUCUGUGUCACUGAAGAAGCUCAAGUAUUUCAGAUAGUUAUGAAGUGGGUGCGUCACAAAACAGUGGACAGGCUCCCACUUCUCCCACAUAUCCUCGAGAGUGUGCGUUUACCUCUUCUGGAUCCUUGGUAUUUUGUAGACACUGUUGAAGCAGAUCCACUCAUCAGACAAUGUCCUGAUGUCUUUCCUCUGCUUCAGGAAGCCAGAAUGUACCAUCUAUCAGGAAAUGAGAUGAUUUCAGGAAGAACAAAGCCCAGAAUGCAUGAAUUCCAGUCUGAGGUUUUUAUGAUUAUAGGCGGUUGCACAAAGGAUGAAAAAUUUGUAUCAGAAGUAACUUGCCUUGAUCCUUUGAGACGCAGUCGUUUGGAAGUGGCAAAACUGCCAAACACAGAACAAGAAUUAGAAAGUGAGAAUAAAAAGUGGGUGGAAUUUGCUUGUAUUACAUUAGGAAAUGAAGUCUAUAUUUCAGGAGGAAAAGAAACACAGCAUGAAGUCUGGAAGUAUAAUUCAUCCAUCAACAAAUGGAUCCAAAUUGAAUAUUUAAAUGUUGGAAGAUGGAGGCACAAAAUGGCUGUUUUGGGUGGCAAAGUAUAUGUGCUUGGUGGUUUUGAUGGUGUACAAAGACUUAACAGUGUGGAGAUUUAUGAUUCCUUUCACAACUGUUGGUCUGAGGCAACUCCUCUCAUGAUCAGCGUGAGCUCAUUUGGAGCAGCCAGUUACAAAAAGAAACUCUAUGUGAUUGGAGGAGGACCCAACGGAAAGUUGGCUACUGACAAUACACAAUGUUAUGAUCCAACAGCAAACAACUGGUGCUUAAAAACACCUAUGCCUGUUGAAGCAAAAUGUAUCAAUGCUACAACUUUUCAUGACCACAUCUAUGUUGUGGGUGGGGCAAUGAAAGCAGUCUAUUCUUACAACCCACUCAAAGAUAUAUGGUGCCUUGUGACUCAGUUAAACCAUGAAUGUGCUAGUUGUGGGAUUGCUCCUUGCAACGACAAACUGUUCAUUACUGGAGGACGGGAUGAGAAGAAUGAUGUCAUCGCCACAGUGCUAUGUUGGGAUGCUGAGACCCAGAAAUUGACAGAGGAGUGCAUCCUCCCUCGUGGGGUCUCGCAUCAUGGAAGUGUCACUCUGAGGAAAUCAUAUACAUACAUCCGUAAGGUAGUGCCUGGUGCAAUAUCAGUUUAACUUUGAAGGAAGAUUCAAGAUAAAUGAAGAAUACAUGCUCGUGAAAUACCUCAUUUUCCCAAAAGUUAUAAAGAGAUUAUUGGGAUGGAACAAUCAUGCUGGUGUAGCGUAUUUUCUCUGUUUCCUUUUAUACAUGCUAACUUGUCAAUAUAAUGAUUAGGUAUGGGAAAGACAUAUGCAUCGUGGUAUGAAUACAUUUGUACUCCCCAAAGUGAUACGUGAACCACAGUACUACUAUCCUUCAGUUAGCACAUAUCUCUGAUUUUGCAGUGCACUUCUCUGGCUUAAAAAUAAUGUGCUCUACAGAGUAAUAUGUGCAAAGGGAAACAUUGCAUAUAAAAAGAGAUAUGAGGGCAGCCUGAUGCCUCUAGGCACCGAUGCACUCAUAGAUGAACAUGAAGGAAAAAGAGAAAAGCUGGUAUGCUGCAAAUUAGUCCCAACAGGAAUUCUUAGAAGAUAAAAUGGGGGAUGGCUAGACAUGGAUGGUAAUUAAUUUGUGAAACUACCUGCUAAAAGUCCAGUAAAUCGCAGCAGACCAAACGUAACAAUAUGAAAACAAAAAACACAAAUUUGGAGAAAUAGCUCAAUGUAAUUGUGGGAAGAAACUGACUUCCAUAUUCUGUGUCACCUUUGCCACCCACACCACCCACUAGGUAUGGCUAUAUCUGACCACAGUAAACCCCAGGUUAUGAAACAAAGUACCUCUUAAGUUUUUCUGCCGAUAUUGACACUUGGGCUGAACUGACUAAGUGCUGUUCUGCACAUUGUGCUGUUGAAAUAAACUCUGCCUCUCCUCCAAGUAACUUGCCCUGUGUGUCCUAUGGAGGACCUGGCCUACAUUUGUACUCAGAACUUUCUACUAACAUAACAUUAGUGAAAAGCAUAUAUGAAGGCCACAUAUUACAUUUAUUACAAAGAAAGAUAACCUGGAUGAUCCCCCUGUCCUCCACCAAUACACUAUAGAUAGCAACAAACAAAUAAAUGCAGGCAAAAGUCUUAUACGAUGCCCAGUUUCCCUACUUGUUACCUAGGGUUGCUAACUCCAGUUCAGAUUCUCUCACACUUUGAUAUAGAGCCUGCUUUUAUAUGUAUGCGCCAGUAGUGGAUUUCAAUUUAGUUUGCUAUCGGUUUGCUCAUGCGUGUGCACUCGUGACACUUCUGUGCAUGCGCAGAAGCAUCCAGGCAGGUGGGUGGAGCGUCCCGCUGCUGCUACCAGUUUACCCGAUCUAGGACAAACUGGUAGCAACCCACCACUGGUAUGUGCGUAUAUCAGUGGCCUAUACCUCCUAGAAUCUCCCCAAAAGAAUAGCUAAUAAAUUAAUUGCCUGGUACUCCUUUUACAUAGGUAACCGACACAAGGUGUCAACCAAAGUGCCAUUACAAACCAUUACUCUUGUACCCCAGGCCCUGCACUGUCUUCCUACCAGUGCACUUCAAAUGCUGUUUUUGACUUUUAAAGCCCUAGGCAGCUUAGUAGGGGGAUAUUUCAACCAACCUACCAACCAACCAACCAACCAACCAACCAACCAAUUAGAAUAGAACUGGAAUGUACUCUAGAGAUCUUCUACUCCAACCCCCUGCUUAAGCAGAAGACCCUAUAUCAUUUUAGACAAUCUUUUAAAAAAAACCUCCAGUGAUGAAGUACCCACUUCUGAUGCCAAGCUCUUCUCACAGCAAGUUUGCAGGACUACUUUGGCUAGCUAGUUUCAACAGCCUGACUUAUGUUUCCCAGCAGAAUCUGCUUAUAGGCAACUUCCAUAUGAAAAGGGAAGUAGGGGAAAUUGGUACUAUUUUUCUGUUGCUGUAUCUGUUCAUGGGAACACUCUCCUUCCAGAAAUUCAGUCGGCCUCUACAUGGUUCGCUUUUUGUAAUUUACUAAAAAUCAAGUUAUUUCAGAGAAGAACCUGAAUUGAUGUAACUGAUUGGGAGUUGGUUUAUUUUUGUACUUAUACUACAAAUGUUUUAUUAUAUUUUUAUGAAUCUAUUGUAAAUGGUGGAAUCUCUUUUGAUUAGAAUAAACAUAACUAAA